UAACUCGAAAUGCCCCUCCCUCUCCAUUAGAAAUGCUCAAUUCACCCUGUAAUAAAAAAGAAUAUAUUUUUUAUUUUUUUUAAAAUAUAAAAUCGGGUAAAACGUGGUUAAAGACGUUAGGGACCUUAAUGAAACCAACUUAUUACCAACCCGACCUGCUCUACCCGACCCAACCAAACUGAACUGGAUCCUAUUCUCUAAACGAAGCGUUUUGUCUCUCUCCCUCUCCACCUAAAUCUAAAUCCCGUCUCGUUCCUCUCCGGCUUCUCUCUUGCGAUUGCGACGAAACCCUAGCCUCCGUGCGUUGUGGCUUUCUUCGUCGUCUUCCUUCGUCUAAAUCAAGAAUCCAUUAAUCUCUCCGUAGACGUCCUCUCUCCCUCUUAUUUCUCGGGUCUCAACUCUCUAGAAUCGAGAACCGCUUCGUAGAAUCGAGAACCGCUUCGUUUCUUCUUCUUUCUCCGACGAAAUUCUAGUCUCCAUCUUCGUUCCUUUCGUAAGUGAGUAGUUUCCUCUGAGUAUUGCAUUGUUGAGAUGUAAUAAUUGAUGUUUGCUAUGCGGUUUGCAUUUGGAGUAAUUGACGGUGACUUGUGUUCUUAACAGCGUUUCUAACUUCUUGUACAGGAAAUGAAGGGCCGAAAAAGAAAGAAUCCAUCUACUACGUGCGUUGGAGUCUCCAGUAGAACUAGAGCUAGAAAGGCGGUCUCAGCUGGGAAUGAGCCGGCAAGAGAAACGACUGUAGUUUCUCUCUCUGUUGAUUCAGAAAGUGAUGACAUGUCUGAUGUAUCAUCUAAGGCAAGGCAACCACCACAGCCCCUUGAAUUAUACUUCAAGAGCACAGAGUUCACGAAGACUUGCAAGAUUCAAACCAAGUGCUUUGUGAAGAAUACAGUGGACGUGAUUAAGAAGCUUAAGGAGGAGGUUAAAUGGUUCACAACCCAUCCUCAAUUUCGUCACUUCUUCCACAUGCCUGAUGAACAAUACCUGAAGCUCCAAGGAAUGUGGAUGUUACUCUUGCGCACCAUUUCGACUGAAGAAGAAGAUGUUGCAUGGUUUAGUCUGAAUGGUGUUCCCAUCCGCUAUUCUAUGAGGGAGCAUGCCCUCAUCUCGGGCUUAGACUGCCAUGAGUAUCCAAGGAAAUAUUUGAAGCUCGGGAGUACGAAGUUUGUGGAUUAUUACUUCGGUGGACUAAAGAAGAUCACCAUAACAGAUGUGGAGCAGAAGCUGUUGUCUAUGAAGACGCCAUGCAAUGAUAGAUUGAAGAUGGCUGUCUUGUUCUUCCUUGGUCGGGUUAUCAGAGGACAGGCAAAGGAUUCCGGACCAGUAGAUCCGUUCAUCUUAAGGAUCGUGGAAGAUUUGGAUGUUUGCAGAACAUUUCCAUGGGGUCGUUUGACAUUUGAAGAUGCAAUAAAGAACAUUAAGCAUAUGAUGGAGCUUCUGAAGGGUGAAGUGCACCCGGCAUGCGGCUUUCCUGGAUUCAUAAUUCCAUUAGAGAUUUUGGCUUUUGAGUGUAUUCCUAAGCUGGGGAAAACAUUUCGACUAUCUGCAGACACACCUUCUGAAGAUUGUCCUAGGAUGUGCAAGAGCCGCUUUACAAAGAGUAGCAUGAAGGGCUAUCCUUUGGAAGAUAUAUAUGCUGCACUUGGACACACAAAGGUAUAUGUAUAUAUACUUUGUAGUAGAAACUAG